AUGUCAGCGCUCAGCUCCAGUCCCGAUGAGCCAGUGAUCCGGAUUCUUCUGAUGGGCAGAAACGGUUCUGGGAAAAGCUCAUCUGGGAACGCUAUACUGGGAGAAAAGAGGUUUAAAGUCCAAAAACUUAGGAAGAAGCAUGAGUCUGAAGUGUGUGAGGGUCAAACACAGAUCGGUGGGAAGCAGGUUGAUGUGAUUAAUUGUCCAGAUCUACUGGAUCCAGAUCUGAAUAAAGAGCAGGUGGAGAUGAUGAAAGAGCAGCUGGUCUCUGGAUGUUCAGCAGUUUCAGGAGAGUCUGCAGCAGCAGAUCCAGAUGAGAUUAAUGUGAUUACCGAGAGGAAAGACCAGAUCAGGCUGGUUCUGCUGGGAAAAACUGGAUCUGGGAAAAGUGCCACUGCAAACACCAUCAUCGGCAGAAACCUGUUCAAAUGUUCGGCAAGUUCAACCUCUCAGACGAAACGGUGUCAGUCAGAAGCCAGAGUGAGGUUUGGUAGAAAGAUCUCAGUGAUCGACACGCCUGGACUUUAUGAUACUGAACUCAGUGAGGAGGAAGUUAUAAAAGAAAUAGUGGAAUGUGUAACAUACGCUUAUCCUGGACCACAUGCUUUUAUUAUUGUGAUUAAAACGGGUCGAUUCACUGAGGAGGGGAAAAAAACAGUGGAGAAACUCAGAAAUGUGUUCGGAGAGCAAAUACUAAAAUACUCCUCUUCACUCACAAAGAUGAGUUGGAGGAAAAUGAAACGACAGAAGAUUUUCUACAUAAUGCUGAUCCAGAGCUCAAAAAACUUGUACAAAGUUGUAAAAAUCGAUUCUUCUUUCUGGACAACAAGUCUGCCAGUUUCCCACAGUUCAAAGAUCUGA